AUGUGGCCUCUCUGGAGCUUCAGAAGCAGCAGUCACCUUAUUCCCCAUAGACGGAUCCACACAGGGGGGAAGCCAUAUAAAUGCAUGGAGUGUGGAAAGACUUUUAGUCAAAAUGGUAAUCUUACUCCCCAUCAUAAAAGAACCCACACAGGGGAGAAGCCAUAUAAAUGCAUGGAAUGUGGAAAGAGCUUCAGAAGCAGCAGUCACCUUAUUCCCCAUAGACGGAUCCACACAGGGGAGAAGCCAUAUAAAUGCAUGGAGUGUGGAAAGACUUUUAGUCAAAAUGGUAAUCUUACUUCCCAUAACAGGAUCCACACAGGGGAGAAGCCAUAUAAAUGCAUGGAGUGUGGAAAGAGCUUCAGAAGAAGCAGUCACCUUAUUGCCCAUAAAUGGACCCACACAGGGAAAAAGCCAUAUAAGUGCAUGGAGUGUGGAAAGACUUUUAGUCAAAACAGUAAUCUUACUUUCCAUCAUAAAAGAAUCCACACAGGGGAGAAGCCCUAUAAAUGCAUGGAGUGUGGAAAGAGUUUUACUACUAGCAGCAGUCUUACUUCCCAUAACAGGAUCCACACAGGGGAGAAGCCAUAUAAAUGCAUGGAGUGUGGAAAGACUUUUAGUCAAAACAGUAAUCUUACUUUCCAUCAUAAAAGAAUCCACACAGGGGAGAAGCCCUAUAAAUGCAUGGAGUGUGGAAAGAGUUUUACUACUAGCAGCAGUCUUACUUCCCAUAACAGUCACCACACAGGGAAGAAGCCAUAUAGGUGUAUGGAGUGUGGAAAGACUUUUACUCAAAACAGUUCUCUUACUUCUCAUAAAAGGACCCACACAGGGGAGAAGCCCUAUAAAUGCAUGGAGUGUGGAAAGGCUUUUAGUGAAAACAGUAAUCUUACUUCCCAUAAAAGGACCCACACAGGGGAGAAGCCAUAUAAAUGCAUGCAGUGUGGAAAAAGCUUUACUACUAGUAGUGAUCUUACUUCUCAUAACGGGAUUCACACAAGGGAGAAACCAUAUGUGUGGAGCAUGGAAGGAGCUUCAGGAGGAGGAAUGACCUAAUUU